AUGAUCCCUUCAUUUCCUACUCUGCAGAAAGCAGGAACAUUGGCUACUGGGAGUGUUCCCUCAGAAAUCAUAGAAAAAGAAUGAAAAAAGUUACUUGAAAUCCUCCAAGAUCCUGAUUGUAUCUUAGACACAUUAACUCAGAGGCUAAUUUCUGAGGAAGAGUAUGAGAUUCUGGAGAAUAUUACAGAUCCCAUGAAGAAAAGUUGGAAGCUGUUAAUUUUGGUACAGAAAAAGGGAGAAGUGAGGAGUCAGCUUUUUCUCAACUCCCUACUUAGUACUUUUUCAGAGUCAGCUACCAUUUGCCUAUUCUUUCCAGAACUUUUAAAACAUGAGUAUAUAGAGCCACCGCAACCUGUGGGGGUAAGCAGGGAAGGAUUUUUUAUUCCUGGAGAGAAAGAGCCUGAGAACCCUGAGAUCACCAUGUCCUUCAAAGAGAAAGAACACUUGGAUUUGGAAACCUCUGAGUCUUUCACGGACAAGAAGGCUGGUUAUCGGGAAACUGCUUGGUCCUCAAGGGAAAAUGAGAAGGAAUACAACACACCAAAAUUCACAUCUCUGCAAUUGGUUGAGAAUGUUGAAUAUGAAUUUCCAGCAACUAUUGAGUAUUUACAGGAUGAACAGAGAUAUGAGGAGCCAGAUUAUUCUUUACACUUAGGAAAAGAGGAAUAUCUAGAAUCUGUUGGGUACUCUGAAGAUGCAGACACCCACGUGGAAGAGGAUGCUUAUGAUGACCCAGAGUGCAUUAUCUAUGACAGCAAAGAGGACUCUUUGUAUUCUGAAACCAUGGAGUUCUCUGAUGAAGAACAGAAUUAUGAGGAUUCAGAAACUGGCAUGUCAUUGGAGGAGGAAGAGGAGAAAAGUAUGGAAGGUGUGGGAAUGAUGUGUGUAUAG